ACAUGCAUCACUGACAUGCAGAAUAAGUUAUCACAUCGGCUCUGUUUGUGGUAUUUCUAUCUGCAACGUUCUAGAAUGUGUUUUUACUGAACGUUGCCCCUGGUGAAUAACGCCCAGCGCUAAGGAGUAAGUGUAUUUAUACUUUUCAGAGUGAGCCAAGUCAACACCAGACGUUCUGUCGGAAGGGAAAAGAGCAACAAGGAUGAGAAGGUCUUCUCGUUUGCCUGAGGUGACAGCUUUACUUGUGAUAGGCAUUCUGUGCUUGGUCAUCAUUUUUUUUAAAGAGGACAUUCCUCCUGAUGAACCCUCUAACCAUGUCCAGAUAAACAGAAUGGAAUCAACCUACCAAAACAGACCUCAGAAACCAACCAGUGAGAGCGCAGGUGUUUUCACCUGGGGCCAUUGUCAACGGAAUGAGUCUGCCGCCAAUGUGUCAGGGUUUUCCUCUCUGCCUGAUCACAUCCAAAACUUCCUCUUCUAUCGUCACUGCCGCCACUUCCCAAUGCUGCUGGACGUACCUGAUAAAUGUGGAGGCCCUCACAAGUCUGCUGAUGUCUUCCUUCUGCUGGUCAUAAAAAGCUCACCUGUGAAUUACGACCGCCGUGAGGUACUACGGAAAACCUGGGCCAAGGAGAGACUGCAGAACGAAGUGUGGAUCCGCAGGAUUUUUCUCUCUGGAACCACAGGCACAGGCUUUGAGAAGCACACGCUAAACAAGCUUUUACGACUGGAGAAUCGUGAGCAUAAUGAUAUCUUGCAGUGGGACUUCAACGACUCCUUCUUCAACCUCACCCUGAAGCAAAUCGUGUUCUUAGAGUGGAUGGACAAGAACUGCCGCCAGGCCAGAUUUCUCUUCAACGGUGACGAUGAUAUCUUCGCCAACACAGAUAACAUGGUGGACUUCCUUCAGAGCCAGAAAAACAAAGAUGUUGACAUGCACCUUUUUGCGGGCUAUCUAAUCCGCUAUGUCGGACCCAUUAGAGAGUCAGGGAGCAAAUACUAUGUCCCAGUCCAGGUUCAAGAGUCAGACUCAUAUCCCCCUUAUUGUGGUGGAGGGGGCUUCCUGCUCUCUGGAUACACAGCUAUGGUAAUUUACAAAAUGUCCCAUACCAUUCCCAUUUUGCCAAUUGACGACGUCUACAUGGGAAUGUGUCUGGAAAAGGCUGGUCUUAGGCCAGAGUCCCAUUUUGGUAUCAGGACUGCUGGACUGCAAGUCCCCUCCCAAAAAGUGGACGCUUACGACCCUUGUUAUUACAGGGAAAUAAUUCUAGUACACAGAUUUCUACCCCAUCAGAUAUAUAUUAUGUGGCAUGGAAUACAUGAACCUAACUUGAAAUGUGGGAAGUUGCAAGGUUCACUAUAACCCUUGAAAUCAGUUGCCUGCUCAGAUUUCUUUUUCAAAUCUUUUUUGCCAAGCAAUUACUGAGGUGUGCCCUCUCAAAGCAGGUUUUAUUCCUGCUGUAUUUCUCUAGUGUACACCACAGUGCCUCAGGAAGACCCCACCACUCGCUAAGCUCAGAUAGGAAACUGUUGUGGUUCACUGCAAAAUAACAAUAUGUUAGACAGGGCAUUCUUUGUCUUUAGGCAUUCUCUGUUUGUUGUUUGUAAAUUUUAUAUUUUUAAAUUAAUAAUCAGAGGAUGAACACCUGUGUGUCUUUCUGUGAAUCUAAUGCUGACUGAAUGUUUAUAGAAUAUAAUUUUUUGUCCAUUUGUAUAACAAUUGUGAACAGAUCAGAUUGUCCGAAGCACCCUACACAGGUGGGAGACAUAAAAUGAACAGACCAGA